AGUCCCCGGUGUCGGUGGGAGCGGAGCGGUGGCGGGAUGGGAGCGGGGCCGGGCGGGGCGCUGCGGGCAGCCCUGGCGCUGGGGCUGCUGGCGGCCGCUCAGCCCGCACCGCCCGCCCGGCGGCAGGCGGAGCUGUUCCUGGAGAAAUACGGAUACUUUGGGGAGCCGGGGGCCGGCGCGCACAGCCCUGCUGAGUUCAGGGAGGCGGUGAGGGACUUCCAGCGGGUGACCCACCUCCCUCUCAGCGGGGUCCUGGAUGCCCCCACGCUCCAUCAGAUGGCUCUGCCGCGGUGUGGCACGGGGGACGGGGAGAGCCGCGCUGCCGGGGCUCACCGGGCAUCUGCCGCCCGGCGCCGCAGGCGCACCACGCAGCACGGCGGGAGGUGGUACAAGCGGCACCUGACCUACCGGGUGGUGAACUGGCCCUCCUACCUGCCACAGCAUGAGGUGCGUCUGGCUGUGAAAGCUGCCUUUGAGCUCUGGAGCAACGUGUCCUCACUGGUCUUUUGGGAAGCUCAGGAUGGCCCAGCUGACAUCCGCCUGACCUUCUUCCAUGGGGACCACAACGAUGGACUCAACAACGCCUUCGAUGGACCAGGAGGUGCCCUGGCUCACGCCUUCUUCCCCCGGCGCGGAGAAGCCCAUUUUGACAGCGCCGAGCGCUGGUCCCUGCACAGCGGCAAAGGAUGCAACCUCUUCGUUGUGGUGGCACACGAGGUCGGCCACACACUAGGCCUGGAGCACUCCUCCGUCAAGAGCGCCCUGAUGUCUCCCUACUACAAGAAGCUCAGCAAGGAUUUUGUCCUCAGCUGGGAUGACAUCUUGGCCGUCCAGAACUUGUACGGGAAGCCCUCCAAGGGCUUGGCCAUCCAGCUCCCGGGAAAGGUCUUCACUCACUUCCAGGACUGGAGCGUGGACCUUUACGGUGGGGACCAGCAGCGGAGGAGCCUCAGUGCCUAUUACUGCCACUCCUUCUUCGACGCCAUAACUGCUGACGCGGAUCACAACCUCUACAUCUUCAAGGGCAACCACUACUGGGUGGUGCCAGCGAGUGGCAACGCCAGCGACCCGCAGCCCCUGCAGCCACGCUGGCCCGGCCUCCCCGCCGGCAUCGACGCCUGCGCCUGGUCCCAGCUCAGUGGCAAGUUCUACUUCUUCAAAGGUGGCCGAUGCUGGCGCUACAUGGGUUCCACCUUGGAGGCAGGUUUCCCCCAGAAAUGCAGCGCCCGCGGCCUCCCGCGGCACCCCGACACCGCGCUCUACUUCCAGCAGCUCCGGCGCCUGGUCCUCUUCAAAGGACCCAAGUACUUCGUGGUGAGCGAGGAGACCCUCGGCGUGGAGCCCUACUACCCCCGCAGCCUGCGGGACUGGGAGGGAUUGCCCCCCGGCACGACGGGAGCCCUCACCCACCGCGACGGCUUCGUCUACUUCUUUCGGGAUGACCAGUACUGGAAAUUCGACCGGGCGAAGCUCCAAGUGGUGGCCACCGGCAAAUGGGCCACCCAACUGCCCUGGAUGGGCUGCUGGGAUGCAAACGGUGGGCAGGACCUCUUCUGAGCAGAGCGUGCUGGGAUAAAACGGGGGUGGGCUGAAGCCCACCUUGCUUGUGCUGCCCAGAUCCACCUUUCAUUGACUCUGGAUUCCUCUCUGGGGACAGUUUGGGCAGGGACCAGAAGGUCAGAGCUGCCUGCAGGUGACCAGAGCCAUGGGUUGGUGGAGCGAUGCCCCAGAGCAGCAGGGAUGCAGGAUGGGGCAACCAUCAGCCCAGGUGGGUCUGUCACAGCCAGGUGGGCUGGAAGCUUGGGGAGAAACUAUUUUUUUAAAAAAGACCACAAAAAAAAAAGAGGUGUAAGCCGUGGAGACAGUGGAGGCACCUCUUUCUGUUGAAGUUCAGGAUAAUUUUACACAUUUUUUUUUCAGAGACUGGGGUUUGUUGAUACUUUAGCUGUUUUUUUCCCCACGAUGCCUCACCGUGCUGGAUCUGAGGCUUGGGUGGUUUUAAAUAAGAGACUGAGGAUGUUUUCUGGUUAAAACAAAAAGAAAAAAGACAUUUGGACAAAAAUAGGGGUCUGUGUUGAACUUGGGUCUCUCUCCUGCCUCCUCCCAGGGAUGGAGGGUUGGCACCUUGAGAAGCUCAUCACCUAUGGGUGCUUUACUGGGCUGCAUCCACAUCCCAGCUCCCUGGUGAGGCACCAGCUGGAGACACCAGCACCAUGGGAUUUUGGGGGAGAAAGCAGAGAAUUUUGGUCCAGGAGCCUCUAUGGAGUGAAGGGAGUGGGGAGGAAAAGCUGAGCUGCUGACCGCGUCGCUGUGCGAUGGUGUUGCACAGGUCGAGGGCAGCAGGAGCAUCACAGCUUGGCUUUCUGAUGCGUUUGGGAUGGCUGGGUGGAUUCUCUGGUGUCUAAUAAGGGCUGUGCUCACCUGGCAGAAAGUGUCUGUCCUCUGCUCUGUCUCUGCAAGUGAUGGGAUCAAUGUAUUUUGGAGUCUGCCACAGUUGGGUGAACUGGGUUGAAAAAUCACUGGGGGAGGAGGGGGAGAAGAGCAGGCGAGCAGGACAGGUGGACGUGUCCGUGCAUGCAGGCUCGCAAGGACAGCUCGGCUGCAUAGUCCUCAUUCCUUUCCCAAAGCAAGCUCCCCACCUCGAAACGCCGCUGGCUCCUGCGCACCGAGUCACCGGUCACCUCUGCCAAGAGCCAUCGUCUCCCACAGCCAGUGGGGGAACAUCAGGGCUGAGCAAGAGGCCUCAGCUUUCUUAAAACGUCCUUGGAUUUGAGAGUUUUGGGGGAUUUUCACCACGCUGGGGUUGUCUGGGCGUGGGGUGCUGCUUUGCUGAUGGUUCUCCCAGGACUCAGAUCCCAGUCCUGGGUGCCCUGCUUCGGGUCGGUGGCUUUGGCACCGGGCUGGGUGCUGUGCCAAGAGCCAACUCGGGUGGUUCUGUCCAUUUUCCAUGAUACUUGUGAGUGAGCCCUUCCUGCACAGACACAGACAUGGAGACAUCAUCUGCUGGUGGCUUAAAAUCUCAGGGGCUUUUAGGUGUUACCAAAGAGACAGAGCCACAUCAUUUUCAUUUUUAAUUGAAUGAUAAUAAGGCUUCCAGGGAGUCCCAAGGGCUUGGAGACCUGGUGGCAAAUAAAACAAACCUCUGGAUAUGCCA